AGCUGAUGAAAAAAAAAAAAAGGCGAACUUGCUUUCAAUUGUCCAAGCCUAACGUCAUGGAAAUAGUUACUUUGUUGAAGCGCGCACAGGAAUAAACCCAAAGAAACAAUACUGAGCCGUGAUGUGUGUUGAUGCUCUGUAGAAGGAGACUGUUUGGUUGCUGAUUUCGUUUUUUUUUGUUGGUUGGAAUUCAAAGGAUCGACUGAAGAUGCGCAGGAACCUGUUUACAAGAAAAACGCAGCAAGUUCCAGUCUGAGGGAAUGCGGAGCAGGCUCACAAUGCACAGCGAUACCAUUACUCAUCCCUCUGUUUUUCCUCACGCCAGGACACUUUGUCUUAAAGAUAUUUUCACGAAGGAUCAUUUCUGAGUCUCCGUAAUGAGAAACAAGUGUCCGAAAAGUGAACAACGCGAGGUUGCAGUCCAGUUUCAGAGGAUUAAAACCACCGUCGGGGCUUUUGGAGGAGCUCUUUGGUGAAACCAGUUUUGUUUUUGAACCUGUUGUUAUUUGUGAUGAGAAAGAAGCAAGAGAGUAAAUCUGUUAUGCGGAAGUUAAUGUGUUAUAGAGCAUUUAUAGCCUAACGUUAUUGGUAGACGUUUAAGUAGAAUACACAGUAAGACAAUGGAGCGAUAGCUUCAAUGGGCUGAGGAUGCUAGUGGUCACAGAAGGUAUAUUUUAGACUUUGUUUUGGCGCAGAACUGGCCUAAUAGUUUUACGUAACUGCUGACUUCUCCUAUGUUUACUAGCCUAAGUGUCAGAUAGCCUAAUCACAUUUACCUAAGUCCUACUGUGCUGUUGCACACCUGAUCCAAAAGCUGCCAUGUAAUUUGAGAUGAGUUUAAAUAUUACAGUGAGCUAGUGUCAGAUGUUUCCAACACAGCAUGCAUCAAGGCAGUAGCAUCACUAUAAUCUAGGCACUAUGUGCAUGUAGAUUGUUCUUGCUUUAGGACCCACUGGAGUAUCAAGAUGUCAGUGAAAGCCAAAGCAAUCUACACUUUUCAAAGUGAAAAUAAAGAGGAGAUCAGCAUCCAGGAGAAUGAGGAACUGGUUAUCUUUGAUAAGAACUCUGUGGACGGCUGGUUUCAGGGGGAGAACAGCCGAGGGGAGAAAGGUCUCUUCCCUGCAUCCUAUGUGGAAAUUAUUCGCAGUCGUUCAAACUCUAACGUGACUGACUGCUCCAUAAGCCCGGCAGGAUCUUUAGGAAACGACUCCUCCUAUUUCCCCUCGACCCCAAACACCUCUCUGCAUUUGCAGCAGAGUUACUAUGACGAUGACGAUGAUGACUGGGACGACUGGGAUGACAGGUCAACAGUGGUGGACGACGCUGACCCCAGUAGGAGCCCCGGGGCCAAUGGACAUGCCCAUCAGAGCCCACUGUCAUACAACCCCAAUGUGCACUACCGGGCCAAACCACACAUGGAGAGACAGGACAGCAUCUCCAGCUCGAGGAAAGGCAGCAUGGUGGGCAGGAACUUGAACAGAUUUUCCAGCUUUGUCCGCUCAGGGGUGGAAGCGUUUGUGUUGGGUGAUGUGCCCAUGAUGGCAAAGAUAGCGGAGUCAUACACUAUCGAGAUGGGUCCCAUGGGGCCCCUGUGGAAGGAGAGCCCACAGCCUUUCUCCUGCUCCAUUGAAGACCCCACAAAACAGACAAAGUUCAAAGGCAUCAAGACGUACAUUUCAUACAGGGUCACACCAAGCCACACGGGGCGUCCCGUCUACAGGCGCUACAAACACUUUGACUGGCUGUACAACCGCUUACUGCACAAGUUCACUGUGAUCUCCGUGCCUCACCUGCCUGAGAAGCAGGCCACGGGGCGAUUUGAGGAAGACUUCAUCGAGAAGCGCAAGAGACGACUGAUACUGUGGAUGAACCACAUGACCAGUCACCCAGUCCUCUCCCAGUAUGAAGGCUUUGAGCACUUUCUGAUGUGUGCUGAUGACAAGCAGUGGAAACUGGGCAAGAGACGGGCGGAGAAGGACGAGAUGGUGGGUGCCCAUUUCAUGCUGACCCUCCAGAUCCCUAAUGAGCACCAGGACCUGCAGGAUGUAGAGGAGCGGAUCGACACCUUCAAGGCCUUCGCUAAGAAAAUGGAUGACAGUGUGAUGCAGCUCACACAUGUUGCCUCGGAGCUGGUGCGUAAGCACCUGGGUGGGUUCAGGAAGGAGUUCCAGCGGCUAGGAAAUUCUUUCCAGUCUAUCAGCCAGGCUUUCACGCUGGACCCUCCCCACAGCUCAGAGGCCCUCAACAAAGCAAUCUCCCAUACAGGCCGCACCUAUGAGAACAUUGGAGAGAUGUUUGCAGAGCAACCUAAGUAUGACCUCUUCCAUAUGCUGGACAAGCUGUCGCUCUAUCAAGGCCUGCUCGCCAACUUCCCCGACAUUAUUCAUCUACAGAAAGGUGCCUUUGCCAAGGUGAAGGAGAGCCAGCGGAUGAGUGACGAGGGAAAGAUGGACCAGGAUGAGGCAGACGGCAUUAGGAAACGCUGCCGGACGGUUGGGUUUGCCCUCCAGGCGGAGAUGAGCCAUUUCCAUCACCAGCGAGAGGUGGACUUCAAAGACAUGAUGCAGGCCUACCUCACGGAGCAGAUAGCCUUUUACCAACGUGUUGUCCAGCAACUGGAGCGCACCCUGCGCAUGUACGACUGUCUGUAAAGACACCGAACCGCUGCCAUGUUCAAGAUGCCAUAAAAAACACAGAAGAGAAAAAAAGGAUGAUCCAAGUCUUGACUCUUUUAUCAAGGCGUUUGUGUUGGCGUUUGGUUCAGUUUGAAAAGACUUGGAGAUGAAUUAAGCAAUGGUAACUGGAAAGACGUGCAAAACCAGUUAGUCUUUCACUUUGAUGGAUUCAAAGACACAUUUUUUUCAAAACCUACUGUACCUUUUUAUUUCUGAAAUACGCAUCACAUAGGCAAUGCCACAGACAUAAUUUAAGGUAUUUGUAACAUUAAAAUAAGAAUAUAGGUUUCAGAAUCAUAGCAAAUCUGUAGUUUAUUGUUCUAUAGUAUGAAACGGGUUCCGUUUUGAAAUUGUCCCCUUCUCUCCAUGCUCUCAUGCACUUUGGCUUCUCCUGGGACUGAUUGUAGUUGCUUCCAAUAUGAACAUUUCUAGAAUAAACCCACACUAUUAUGGUUUAUCUACCAACAUCCGAUAAACAUUCCAAAUGUUCUUUAAUACAGCAUUUUAGGAUUUUAUUGAAGUCACAGAUUUUUCUCAUCAGACCAUGAAGAGAUAGUAUUUCUGGCCGAACAAGUGCACUGAAUACUAAAGUGGAAUUUCACCAUCAUCUUGUUAAGUGCAAAUCUUGCUCAGGUGUUCACUGCUUUGAAACUCAUAUCAGUUUCUCUGGUAUCUCUAGUACAAGUCGCGAAUGUCUUUCUUAAUCUUGCACCAUGUGGAAGACUUACUCAUACCAUGUAAUUCAGCUUCGUAAUGUAAUUUUCUUAUGUUUUUCAUGCAGUAAGUGCCUUUAAGGAAGGCAUGGAAUAUUCUUAAAUUGGCCAUUUGUCUGUAGCAUGGCUUGUGUCUUAUAGGGGAAAUUAUUUCAAAUGACAUGCAUUUAGGAACAAGUUUGCACAUGUUUUUAUACACUAGGGGGUCAUAGUGUGGAGGGUGUGUUUAUGUGUGGGUGAGCGAGUGAAAUGAGUCAACUACUGUGCUGAUCAAUUCCCUUUUUCCACAGUGGAAAACAAAAAAAACGAUAUCUUUCUAUGUAGCAGCCGGUUUAUCUAGCCAACUAGUAAACGUAGUGAGGUAGCUGAAGUGGAUUAACGGGUUGUGUGCGGCGGUACAUCAACUUGGCAUUUCAAUAUUUGUAUUAAAUCAUUUAGUUGACACAAGACCAAAUUCGUCCUGUUACUAGAGUUUUGUGUUUUAAUGUAGUCUGAGUCAAAAAACAGUACGAUUUAUUGUUCAUAUCAAGUAUUUUAAAAUGACAUCUAAUGCACAAACAGAACCAUAUUAUUUCAUUUAGAUUAUUUCUACACUGUAUCCAUAAUAACUUCAAGAAAUUGUUCUGACAUUUUUGUAAAAGUGCGUAUUCACUUUCUUGAGUCAGAUGAGGAGAUCGAUUACACUCUCUCGUGUUUGUCCGUUAAAGAUGAUGCUACAGCCAGCAGAUGGUUAGCUUCGCAUAGCAUUAAGACGGGACAGAGGGCGGAACUGCUAGUCUUGCUCUGUCCAAAGUUUAUCUAAUACUCACUACUUUAAAAUGUUAUAUUUCAUUUAUUUAAUCUGUACAAAAAAUAACAGGGCAGUUAUGACUCAUGACAAUAGUCCAGCACAUAACCCCCUGUAAAACCACAAUUUGCCAUUCUUACAGUUGGGUUUUUGUAUGGAUUAAACAAAUGAAAUAUGACGUGUGAAUUGGUGAGCUUUAGGGUGCUGGUAAGCAGAUUUAGUUACCUGUGGACAGAGCCAGGCUAGCUGUUUCCCCAUUUCCAAGCUAAGCUAAGCUAAGCUAACAAGCUCCUGGCUAGAACCUUACAUUUAUCCUGCAGACAUUAAAGUGGCAUCAAUUUUCUCAUAACUAUCGGCGAGAAAGCGGAUAGGCAGAUUUUCUAAAAUGUGGAACUCUUGAUAAUCCUUUAAUAAUAUUACAUAUAUUUUAUUGCUCUUCUUACAGCUGUGAUCACAGUGAUGAUUGUGAGCUUGACAUGCUUCUCCUCAAGCAAUUUCCAGUGUUUAUUCAUCAGUUGUGAGGCAAUGAUUCUUUAUUUUGAUGGAAUAGGGUUGAUUUCUUAGUGGUAUGUUUGGGUGUGGAUGAAAAGUGAAAGAAAAAGUUAUUUUGUGACAUCUCUGCCUGGUCAAGUUUCAGAAUUUGAGGUUUGAGCCUUGUUAUGGUUCUGCCAUAACAAAGAAGUGCUGAUUCAUUGCAGGUUUCUCAGUAAACAAAUGGUCCCUGUGUUUGUGCGUGACUCAAGAUAUGAGUGUCUCAGUUACUGGUACUGUUCAGUCCACAUCUGCAGUCUUUAACUAUUUGCUGUCUAAAUGUGGUGUUGUUUAUGUCUAUUUUUGAACAAACCUGUGCUGUUCAUACUUCAGCAUUUUUUUUGUUACAUUUCUGUCAGCAUUUGCACUCAUCGCAGUUUCUCCAAGACCAAAGAAGUCAGACAUUUUCUUCUGAGCUACCUUUUUUUACUCUGUUUGGUCGAAGUGAAAUUGAAUGUGCUCUCUGGUUUUGUAAUUGUUCUACUCUGAGGAAAAUGUGAAGAAAGCAUUUGGAAGAAGUAAAAAGAAAAAAGAAACAUUCCAGAAACUAUAAAGGACACCAAAGGCAAAGACAGAUUUUGGGCAAAAGAUAGACAUGCAAGGUGCAAAAGAAAGAGUGGAAAAAAAAACAUUUAAAGAAGUGCCUGCAGGCCCAAUCAGGUUUCAUAAUGACACUUUCCUCUAAUGUUCCAAAGCAGCAUGAUAAUUUAAAUGCCAGGCAUUUCACAGUUGACUGUUUCUUAACAUGGAUGUGUGACCGGGUGAGUUGCAGGAACUCUAUGCUUUAGGUUCAGUCUCUGAAAUAACAGAUGGUGAUUUUCAGAAAGUAAUUUGUCAACUGAUUUAAGGGAAGGGGACCUAAAAAUGUUAAUAAAAGUAAUGAUGGCGAUCGCC